UGUUUUUGUAGUCACACGUCACGUUACAAUAUUUCAAAAUGGCGGAUAGUGUGUCUGGCGAGGAAAAGUCUGAAAGCGGACUCAUUCUUAGGAUUGUUUCCGAACUGUUUGGAAGUCCAUUAAAUUUAGCAUUGUUAGGAAUUUGUGGAUUUCUGAUUUAUAAAAUUAUUUCCAGUCGGCGCUCCACAGACUCCACACCCACACGAGAACCAGAACUUCCCCCGCUAAAAAAACAAGACUUCACAUUGGAACAACUGCGGGAAUAUGAUGGAAAAGGUGGUGAUGGGAGAGUACUCAUUGCCGUAAAUGGGAAAGUUUUCGAUGUCACUCGAGGAAAGAGAUUCUACGGCCCAGGUGGUCCUUAUGGUUUAUUUGCUGGGCAUGAUGCCUCCAGAGCCUUAGCCACUUUCUCCCUUGGAGAAGAUGCCUUGAAGAAUGAGUAUGAUGAUCUCAGUGAUCUGAACACAUUACAGAUGGAAAGCAUCAGAGAAUGGGAAAUGCAGUUCCAAGAGAAAUAUGUGUAUGUGGGGAAGCUCUUAAAACCAGGAGAACAACCCACAGAAUACAGUGAUACAGAAGAUGAAGAAAAAACAGAGUCAGAAAAGAAGAGUGAUUAACUGGGGUUUUUUUUUUUUUUUUUUUUUUAAGUAUUUUUUUGCUGGAGAGUUUAUGCAUUUUUGUGUGUGUAAAAGAACAAAGCAUGGGUGUAAUUUUGUUGAAUGACUGGAUAUGUAAAAAUCAGACAUCAUUUGUAUACAUAAACCAAUCUAUACAUCAUUAUUAAAUGCUUAUCAUAACAUUCUCCAUGAUUAUUUUUGAAGAAUUAUUUUUAUUUUAUCAAUUAUCAGUACCUCUUAUGAUUGAUUUAUUACAGCUUUAAUCAACUAAGAGAUAGUAUUAACAAUCACUAGUUGUCAGUCUGGAUAGAUUGAUUAAUCAAUACUUUCUUACAAUACAUCACCCUUCAUUGUAUUUACUGGUGUUAAAAUUAUAAAUUAUCAUAAUAAUACAUAUAUGUUGAUAAAUUUAAUGGAAUAUUUGUAUACAUUGGCUGUUUGGAUUUAACAGAAUUUUAAAAAAUAAUCAGCUUUUAAGCAGAAUAACCACUGUGUAACAGAUAAUAGUUUCUCAAUUCAGUUUUAUAUUGAAUAUUGCUGCAUAAAUUAAAAUGCUUGUACUUGUAAAAUGUGGCAAAAAAUGUUAAUUAUAAAUCAAUUUAAGUUAUCUUUGUUGCUAAAACAUUCUGGAAUAAAGAUAUUAAAAAUUAUGUGAUAAUUUC